AUCCUAAUCUGAACUACUUGUUCUCUAUAUCUACAUCAUUUACUGUUAAUGGAAUCAUUUAUGAAGGAGAGAGGACUCAACCCGCAAUACCACCAGGUGCUACUCUAACUCCUACUAUUGUAUCAAGCACUUCAUCAGUCAUUAGUGUUGCAGGAUCAUCAACAAUUUCUUAUUUUACUGAAACAACUACCGUGACUACUACAUUGACUACUACCAUGACUACUCCAUUGACUACUGUAUUAGUGAAUAAUGGAGGGAAUAUUGGAGUGAUAGUUGGUCCAAUUGUAGCUCUUGUUGUAUUAUUGUUACUGGCUAUAAUUAUAAUUAUUAUACUCGUACUGGUAAUGUACAUAAAAAGAACUAAUAUUAAUCAAAAAAGAAAAUCAGAUAAUGACAUUGUAAUGGAGUGCAGUCCAGCUUAUGCUACAACUGAAUUUAAAACAAAUACUGCUGAUGAUAUACUAAUGAAGGAUAGUCCAGCAUACAGUACAGUACAACAAACACAAUCAACUGUUGAGCCAGUGUAUGAUACAACUAAUAAUGAAUAUGAGACUCCUCUUCCACCACCUGCUGAAUAUGAAAUACCAACUGUUUAAUAAUGUACUCUUCUUUUAUGUACAUAUAUUACUCUACAAUACAAUCAACAUAAUGUUUUUGAUGUACAUGCAAGUGUGUGUUAGUAUA